AUGAUUAAAUUGUGCGCAAAAAAUGGCGCAAUGAUGCGACGAGUGAAACGCGGAAAAAUUGGACAAGCAAAAUUGAUAUUUCUUGUUAAUGAGAAUAAACAACUUCGAUAUCAUACACUUGGCUAUUCGAGAAUUAUUUCAUCAAAACAAAAAACAGUAAAAAUUGAUCAAUUAAUUGAGAUACGUCAUGGAUUUGGUACUGAUCAGUUGCAAAAAGCAGCAAAGAAAAUAUCAUUUCAACAAAUUGCACCUGAAGAAAAUUGUGUUUCGUUGAUCGUUCGACAAAAUGGAAAAAAUAAGCAAAAGACAAUCGAUUUUAUUGCUGCAACUUUAAGUGAUAAAAGAAUAUUUGUGGAUGCUUUACAGUAUAUUAUUGAUAAGGAAGAUGCUAAAUUGAUUGAUUUUAAUGAGAAACAAUGGAUCAUUGAUAAGUUUCAUGCAUUGGAUACUAAUCAAACAGGUAAAUUAAGCUUUAACAAAAUUUGGAAUCUUUUGAAAGAAAUGAAUUUGACAAUUAGCUAUGAUUAUGCAAAAGCGUUAUUUCAGAAUGAAAGUAUUGAUGAAUAUAAUUAUGAUUCAAAAUUGAAUGCUUGCAUCGAUGUGGAAGGUUUUGUGAGAUUUUUCUUCAAAUUAACUUAUGAUUUUGAAGAAAGUAAAAUUAUGCGUCAAUAUAGCUCACAAAAUGAUGGAAAUCUAUCAGUGAAUGAUUUAAAGAAUUUCUUAAUCAAUGUACAAAAGUUUGAAAAUAUUGAUAACAAUAUCGCAGCUUCGAUCAUAAAUGAAAUUGCCAUGAAGUUAGGCAUUUAUCAAAUUGAGAAACGUACGAAUUUAUUAGGACCAUUUGGUUUUCGUACUUUAUUACGUUCACGUUUGGGUAACAUUAUGAAAUAUGGACAUGAAAAUAUUUUUCAAAAUAUGGAUCAACCAUUAUCACAUUACUUUAUUAAUUCAAGUCAUAAUACUUACUUAAUUGGUAAUCAGGUAAAAGGUGAAGCAACUGUUGAAGGAUAUAUUAAUGCUAUUCGAAAAGGAGCUCGAUUACUUGAGUUAGACGUUUUUGACGGAAAUGACGGAGAGCCGUGUAUCAGACAUCGUGGUACACUGAUAUCAUCGAUAUAUUUGAAGGAUGCUCUAAUGGCAAUUCGUAAUUAUGCAUUCAAAUAUACACCAUUUCCACUUAUUUUAACAAUUGAAAAUCAUUGUAGUUUAGAGCAACAACGUGUUAUGGCUAAAAAUUUUAUUGAGAUUCUUGGUAACAGUAUUUAUUUGACACCUAAAAAUAAACCUUUAAUACAAUUACCAUCACCUAAUCAACUCAAAUACAAAUAUCUUUUACGUGGAAAAGUACGAUCAAUUACAUAUAAACGAUAUGCAAAUGAUAAAUGUGAUGAGGAUGAUGAAGUAGCCGGAUCAGUAUUACUUAUAGAUCCGGAAUUAUCAAGAUUAAUAUCAGUUUUUCAAGUUAAACUAUCGAAUAAUUUGCAAGAUGAUAUUGAAAAACAUCCGGCAAAUUGUUCAGUGUCAAUAUCGGAAACAAAAAUAGGAAAACUGAUGGAAAUUAGUGAAUCAUUUGCUGCUUACAGUGCAAAACAUUUUGUUAAAUCAUAUCCGAAAGGUUUACGACAAAAUUCGAGCAAUUUUUGUCCAAUGCAAUCAUGGAUUUAUGGUAUACAAUCAGUUUCACUUAAUAUGCAAACAAAUGGUAAAGAUAUGGAUGUUAAUUCAGGAUUAUUUCGAAUAAAUGGAAAUUGUGGUUAUGUCCUGAAACCAUCUAGUUUAAUUAAAGGUUUAGAUCUUUCGAGAUUUUCCAAUACAAUCAAAGUGAUUAUGAAUCUUUCGGUGAUAAGUGGUGAAUAUUUACCAAAGCCAUUUUCAAAAGAAGGUGAAAUUAUUGAUCCAUAUGUUGUGGUGGAAAUUCUUGGUGUACCAGCUGAUUGUAAUAAAUUUCAAACAAAAAUUAUCAAUAAUAAUGGAUUUCAACCAGUUUGGAAGGAUUAUUUCAAAAUUGAAUUACAUUGUCCAGAAAUAGCAAUGCUUCGAUUAUGUGUCAAAGAUUAUGAUAAAGUUUCCAUGGAUGAUUUUAUUGGAGAAUUUAGCAUUCCAGUAAAUAGCAUUCGACAAGGUUAUUCACUUGUCAAUCUUUUUACUGGCUGCGAUCGAAUUUCUAAUUCACUUGCUGCUAUACUUAUACAUGUUGAUUUUAUUGAUGCAAAUGUUGAACGAACACAUUUAUGA